UAUUUGGCUACCGGACCAUGUGGCAAGUUCUCAAACAAAAACACAACCUGCGUGUCAAACGUGAUGUUGUAAUGAGACUGUUAAGGCAGCUGAAUCCUCAAGGCAUCGCACUGAGGACUCGCCGGAGAUUUACAAGACGCACGUAUCACUCUAUGGGACCCAAUUACAUAUGGCAUGUAGACGGUUACGACAAACUGAAGCCAUUCGGCUUGGCCAUCUCAGGAUGCAUUGAUGGUUUUUCGAGAAGAAUGAUGUGGCUUGUUUGUGGAGCAACAAACAACAAUCCUUCUGUCAUUGCCCAUCAUUAUAUAAACUGUGUCAAGAGUAUUGGUGUGAUACCCAUGAGACUACGAACAGACCUCGGCACAGAGAACGGGACUGUGGCAGCAAUACAGUGUACCCUCCGCCAUGCGCAUACGGAUUAUUAUGCCGGGUCAUCAAGCCAUAGUUACGGAUCAUCCACAGGGAAUCAACGCAUCGAGUCAUGGUGGUCCUUUUUCCGAAGAGGAAGGUCUCAGUUUUGGAUGGACCUGUUUGGAGAUUUGAGAGACUCCGGAAACUUCAACGGAAGCCAUGAGCACCAGUGCUUGCUCAGAUUCUGCUUCACCAGAGUUCUUCAGAAAGACCUGAAUGAAUGUAAAGAUCUCUGGAAUAACCACAGGAUCCGGCCAAGCAGACUUGCAUCAUGUCCUGGUGGGAUUCCAAACGAACUCUAUCUCUUGCCUCACAGAUAUGGUUCAAGAGAUUGUGGCUUUCCUGUUGAGGACAGCGAUCUGGAUGUUUUCCCAGAAGCAAGUCAGGUGACAGAGUUGUGUGGUGAUAAAGACAUUGAGGAAUACCUACAGCAAGCAUUGCAACAACAUGGACAACAGCAGUCACAAGACUGGGAGUCAGCUAUGGAACUGUAUUUAUUGCUCAAACACACAGCGAGGCUGUGAACAACAAAAGCCAGAAUCCAAUCUUUUAAUAUUUUGUCUCCUGUUGAUUUUUCUUAAAUAAAACCUCAUUGUUAUACAGAACAGAAACAAAGUGUAUUAAACUUUUUUAUACACCAAAUUGUGCAUUCAGUCUGAACUUAGAUGAAAUUUCCACACAUUAAACUCUUAAUUCAAGUCUAGAUAUAAAUCUACAUUUACAGAUCUAAUUUUUUUUUUUUAAUUGCUUAUAGCUAUGUCUAGGUGGCAAAGUCUUGCUAUAAUCUUUUAAAUUAUGGUAAGAAAAACAUCAAAAACAAAAAUACAUAGUUUGCACAAAGGGAUUGUGCUGAUAGCAAUUUCUAAACUAUCACUUUAUAAGGGAAAUCAUAUCUAAUCUUUUGAGAAAUUAGGGCAAGGUUUUGCCACUCUGAAUUAGACAGCAACAUGGUCUGGCCCAUGGAGUAACUGUAACAAAAUUAGCUGAAUCGCAACAGAAUUAAAACAAGACUGCCAAGAAAUUUUCAGUAGCAUCCGAAUCCCGCAGCAUUUUGUAUUCCAAAGUCCAUGUUAGCCCUAAAAGCAGCAUAAGAUUCAGAAAGUGGUAAUUUUAGUGUAUUUGCACAGGUGUUCGCAACAGGAAAGGGUGAGUCACUCAAAAACUCCAGAUGUGGGGAUGGCAUCAUGCCCGCUGGUGGAAUUGCUGCGAGACCUGUAGCAAACAUCAGGACCUCCUCUAGAGACACAGCAGUUGUUUUC